UGCAAGAAAUGUAAAAAUAAAGAUAGAACCAUAUCACUGAGUCAGAGGCUCAACAGCAGCAUUAAUGGCUAAACUGAAUGGUUAACAAGAUGAGCAGUCACUGGUAAUGCUCGUUUGUGCUGUAAAAAAUUAGGAUAAAUAAAAAUGUAACAAAGUUCCCUUUGUUUCAUAAUAUAGCCGUUUUCAGAGCUUUCUGGAUAUUAGUGCUAAAACAAUCUGCUCAGGAUUAAAUGAAGCUUUUAUAUUGAAUUGUACAUUCAUGAACAAAAGCCUCCACUGCAAAACUUGUUUGUCAAUAAAGUUUAACCCUUCAAAGUGAAUUUAGGCUGACCUUCGCGCCCCCUAGUGGCUUGGCAGUGUUCCGAAGUCUGCGGGAUUUGGCGCCCCCUAACGGUGAAUCAUCAUAGCAGCUGGGGGAUUUCCUGAGCGGAAGUAAAGGAGGGGGUUUCCAGUGUAAUAAGCCCAGUCCUCCCCGCUGGCUCCCCGACUUAGGUCUCAGUGGCUUCUCUCUCCUAAACUUUCAGUGGGGACAGAGACCGGAGAACUCCUGACCGACACCGGACUAUGAGGAGUCCGCCAAAAACCUGGAGGCUCCACGGCUGCGUUAGCAGCACGUAACCAUUUGAAUCCGCAGAGAGCGUACCGAGCUGAGUGAGGAGCUGCUGAUCCGUCGAGCUGUGGCCUGCGGAGGAUACUCAUCCUCCUCGGGUCAUGUCAUCGGGGAGAAGUGCUGAUGGGAGGGAAGUCCAGAUCCCCCUCCAGCAGUCGGCGCCUUCCCUCGUCCCCCCCCUGUCCUCUGCCCUUGCCAUCGCCCCGCCCUCCCACCGCUCUGUUAACCCAUGGACUCUGUGUGAGUUCUCCACCCAACAAGGGUUCCUGCCCCUCCAUGGAGGAUUCAGAGACCACUUCUUAGAGACGCCAGAAGCCAAAUACUGCUGCGAGGCCUGCAGGCUGGUCCUGUGUCAGCCCCGCCAGACUGAAUGUGGACACCGCUUCUGUCAGAGCUGCAUCAACGACAUCCUCAGUCUUCAGAACCCCGUGUGUCCAGCAGACAUGGAGCCUUUGUUCAAAGACAAGAUCUUCAAAGAUGUCUGCUGCCAUCGGGAGAUCAUGGCGCUGAAGGUGUUCUGUCGGAGCGAAGCUAACGGUUGUCAGGAGCAGAUGAGUCUGCAGCAGAUCCCUGAUCACCUGAAUGUCUGUCCGUUCUUCGAGGUUCCCUGUCCUCUGGGUAAAUGUAAAGAGCGAAUGAUGAGGAAGGAGAUCCCCGAUCACCUGACCUGGAAAUGUAAACACAGAGAGUCCACUUGUGAAUUCUGCAUGAGCAAGAUGCCUCUGACCGACCUGCAGAAACACAAGGAGACUGUGUGUCCAGCGUUCCCGGUGUCCUGUCCCAACCACUGCUCCUUCACAUCCCUGCCUCGAAGCGAGCUGACCAGCCACCAGCACGACUGCCCCAAGGCUCAGGUCAGCUGUUUGUUUCAGCACUACGGCUGCACCUUCAAGGGUUUGAACCAGGACGUCAGACAGCACGACUCCACCUUUGCAGCAGAGCAUCUACGGAUGAUGGUCAAAAGGAACUGCUUGUUUGAGAACAAGGUGGAGGAUGUGAAAGAGGAGCUGAUGGAGCGGUACAAGGUGCUUCCUGCUCUCAGCAGCCGCCUCUCUGAACUAGAGACCCAGAAUGAAGAGCUCCGUGAGAAGAACCGGCAGCUGGAGCAGAAACUAGCCACCAUGCAGAAACUAAUGAGCUCCCACUCAGAGAAGCUGCUGGAGCUGGAGCUGGAGCUGCGUUCUCUCCGUCUGCUUAGAGAAGAGAUGGAGAACCUACGAGGAACGCUGGAAAAUGUUCGAACCAGGCUCAGUGCUCUGGAGCAAGGGGGCCGGUGUGGAGCUGGAUCAACUCAUACUUUGGCGUCCCUGGAGACCCAGCUGAGCCGCCACGAUGACAUGCUGAGCGUUCACGAGAUCCGGUUGGCUGACAUGGACCUGCGUUUUCAGGUUCUGGAGACAUCGAGCUACAAUGGGACUCUAAUCUGGAAGAUCCGAGAUUACAAGAGAAGGAAACAGGAAGCGGUGGCGGGCAAGACGCUGUCGCUGUACUCGCAGCCGUUCUACACCGGAUACUUUGGGUACAAGAUGUGCGCUCGAGUUUAUUUAAACGGAGACGGAAUGGGGAAGGGGACGCACCUGUCCCUGUUCUUCGUGGUGAUGAGGGGGGAGUAUGACGCCCUGCUGCCCUGGCCUUUUAAACAGAAGGUGACCCUGAUGCUGAUGGACCAGGGUCCCUCUAGGAAACACCUGGGUGAUGCCUUCAAACCAGAUCCAAACAGCAGCAGCUUCAGGCGACCCUUAGCUGAGAUGAACAUCGCCUCUGGCUGUCCCCUUUUCGUGUCUCAGAGCGUCCUGGACACAGGCAGCUACAUCAAGGAUGAUACCAUCUUCAUCAAGGUCACCGUGGAUACGUCCGACCUUCCUGACCCCUGAUGGGAUCCUCUCGCUGGUCUGAGGUACAUUCACCUGUGCAAGUUCAGCACAGAAGAGGAUCAUGGGAAGGAACAUGGCAGAGUCCUGCGAACCACUGACAGAACAGAAGCAGCCAAUCAGAGACCGAGGGUGAAUGUUUGGAUCCAUCACCACGGAGACGCUAAGCACAGCCAUCGGGUACACAGGCGGUCCUGACCUCCUAUUUACUAUGGUUACUGAGGCAUGCUGGGACAUCAUUCAAACCAGGUUAAAACCCAGAAAACGCCCUCAGAGAGAACCGGACGGGGUCUGGUCCAGACACACGAGGCAGCGUUGUUUCUGACGGGCUGAUGCCUCCAGCUCGUUGUUUACACACACUAUUUAUGAACGACUAGCCUAGCUAGCGCCUGACACACUAACCGCUUCCUCAGUGGUGACCCGGUCAGUGAACUCAGUCAGUUGAGUUCAGAAGAGGCUGUUCGGUUCCAUCAGGUUGCUUUUUAACAAAUGUUGGUUUCAGUUUAAGGUUUUUUAUAAACAGGUAGUCGAGUUUAACUAACCUCUGUUUGGUUUAACCUACUAGUUUGUUGUGUUAACCCUCUUUAAGGAGAGAUCUCAUGUGCUCUGAGAUCUGCUUUCAGCUGAUGAAUACUCACACGUCAGCCGGCUCUCUGGUGGUAGCGGCCGAUUGUCCCACCUGAGCAGCUGGUACCAGAACCAAACCUGAGACAGGAGUCUAAAAGCCCAAAGACCUGAACCGGACCCGAGACCAGUAGAGUCCAAAACCCAGCUCCCAGCUGGACCGCCUCCUGGUCUCAUCCGUUUUACAACCUGAACAGAACUUUCUGGUUCUUUUGCACAUUUUAAAUGUUUGUUGAAGUGUUAAAGUAAAAAGAGAAAUAAAAGUAAGAGCUGUUCUGUAUGUGUGAACAAAUGUUUGUGUUUAAAAAUGCCUUUUUGUAAUGAAAAAUACUUCCGUGCAUAAAUUAUUACGAAUAAAAUAUGUGAUUUUUUUCACGUUCAA